AUGAGUUUACAAUUCGACUCAUCUCCAAUAAAUGAUACAACAAUAAACACGACAACAACAACAACAAACAAACCCACAGAUAAUAGUCCAAAUAAUCAUAUAGUAUCAAUAUUAAUUGACAAUAAAAAUAAAAUUCUACAAGAUGUUAAUCAAUUGUUUAAACAGUUUGAUAUUAAUAAUACAAUAGUUAUCCAUAGUUCAGCAUUAAUAGAAAAUAUAGAUAGCUUAGAUAAACAAUUUGAAAGAGCAUUUGAAAAUACAAGAUUACAAGAUUGUGAUACAGCAAACAAUUUGAUUAUAUUGGGAUACAUUGGACUACCAACGCAAACAGGAGAGUUGGAGAGUGCAGAUAUAGAUUUUUUAACAAAAUGUUUAUCACAGUUUCAAUUAUCAAUCGAGGCUAGAUCAAAAAGAAUUCAUGGUAUUGUUGUUUGCACAAAUUCACCAUCACCUGGUAUUAUACAUACAAGAAGAAUAGAAAGAAUAUUAGCUAGUAAAUUACAAGGUAGUUUUUGGUGUGUUUCAGAUGCUCCACCCAGAAACACAGAAUCAUUUCAACAAAUUUUGAGUUUAAUUUUCCCAAAUAAUAAACUAUUACCAAUAACUAGUCAACAAUAUAAGCAAAAACAAGAACAAAAACGGGACCAACAACAAGAACAACAGCAAGAACAACAGCAAGAACAACAGCAACAACAAAUAACAAUCCCUUCACCACCUGAACAACCUCAAUUUCAAAAUGAACAACAACAAUUACAACAACAAACAGAACUUUAUCAAUAUCCCAAAAAACAACAACAUUUACAACAAUCUAAAUAUACUCAUCCAUCUUUAUCUCCACCUCAAUCAUAUUAUUAUCAACAAUAUCAUAAACAACAAGGUUCACCAAUAACUAAUCAAACAUAUAAUAAUUCAUUAUUAAAUAAUAAUAAUAAUAAUAAUAAUAAUAAUAAUAAUAAUAAUAAUAAUAAUAAUAAUAAUAAUAAUAAUAAUAAUAAUAAUAAUAAUAAUAAUGUUAAUAAUAAUAUCCACAGUUAUUUCAAUACUGAACAAAUUAAUUCAGAACAAAAUAAGAAUGAUGAUCAUUACAUUGUUACAAAAUUAUCAUCAGCAUCACCAACCAACAGCAAUAAUAGUUUAAAUACUUCAACAGUACAAACAACUACAUCCACAAUAGCUACAGCCAAUACAACACCACCCAAAAACGAAGAAGUUAAACCAGCAAAAAGUUAUAAUGAAAGAUUAUUAACAAAUCAACAAAGAAAAUUUUCUAUUCAAUCACCAAAAUUAUUAGAGGAUUUGGAUUUAAAAUCAUAUUUACCUUCAUCAGCAUCAGCAUCAGCUUCAUCGUUAUCAAACUCAACAUCAUCUUAUAAUUCAUCAUCACCACCAACACCUGGCAAUAUUAAUAAUAAUGGUUUCAAUCCUCUAUCAAACAGUACAGGAAGUAAUUUUAGUAAUAAUACAAUCAAUUCAUUAACACCUCAGGCAUCACCAUCACCAUCAUUAUUAAUAUCGAAUAAGCUUUCAGAUAUAUCUUUAUUACUAAAUGAUAAUAAUAAUUUAAAUAAUAGUGGUAGUAGUAUAAAUAUCGGGUUAAAUUUAAAUAAUAGUAUUGGUGAAACUAAUAAUAGUAUAUAUAAUAGUAUAAUAAAUAGUAAUUCAAUAACCACCACUACUUCUAAAUUUAAUAAUGGUAUUAAUAAUAUAAAUAUAAAUAUUAAUAUAAACAAUGGUAAUAUUAAUAAUAAUAAUCUUAACAAUAGUAAUAGUAUUAAAAAUAAUUAUUUAUUUAAUAAUAAUAAUAAUAAUAAUCAAGGAAAUAGUAAUAUAAACAAUAUAAACAAUAAUAAUAGUAGUAAUACAAACAAUACAAGUAGCAGUGAUACAGAAAAUAGUAGAUCACCAAUAUUUUCAUCCCCACCAAUCCAAAUGGAGGAGUCACCAAAAAUUGUACCAAUUAGUGGUAAUGCAAAUAGUUCAAGCGAAAUGUUAUCAGAGGAUAAUGAUGGUAAUAAUAAUGUACAUAAAAAAGUUAAAAAGAAUAUAAAGUUUAAAAUGUUUGAUGGUGUUUCAUAUUUUAAAAGACCACUGCAUCAAGAUAUUGAUGUUGAUUAUUUAUCAGAUGAAGAUUAUGACGAUGAUGACGAUACAUCAUCAACAUUAAGUUCAUCAAGUAACAGUACAAAUACCAGUGCAAAUAGUGGUUCAGCUCUAAACACUAGUGGUAAUAGUGUGGGUAUUAGCGGUAUUUAUGUUGGCAGUAGACUAUUGAAAAGAUCAUCAUUACCAUCCCUUAAUAAAAUUGAUCAUAUUAAAAAACAAUUGUUAUCAAACACAUAUAGAAAUGGAAAUACUUCACAAUUAACAUUUAAUUCGACAAAAUUAGAUAGCUACAACCUAUUAAAUAAUAAUAUUACAAGUAAUACUAUUGGUUCCAAUAAUAUAAAUACUAAUGUUAUAAAUGGAUCUACCUCUCCUACAAACAAUAAUAAUAACAAUAAUAAUAAUAUCAGUAAUAAUGUUUCAUACACACCAAAUUAUAAUUAUAGCUCAAACCAUACUGGCCCAGAUGUAAUGGUUGUUGAAGAUAACGAUAUGAAUGCAGGAUUUUUAUUAAAGCUAUUAGAGAAGUUUGGGGUUAUUAAUAAAAGAUGCAUAUGGGUUACAGAUGGUCUUCAAGCUGUUCAACAUUAUAAAUCUUCAAAUAUACCAUUUAGAUUGAUUUUAAUGGAUUUAUUUAUGCCAAUAAUGGAUGGCUACGAAGCAACAAAUAUCAUUAGGCAAAUUGAAGGUGGCCAUAGACACACACCAAUAGUUACAGUUACUGCUAAUGUAACCAAAGGUGCCAAAGAAAAAUGUUUAUCAAGUGGUUUUGACGAUUAUAUAGCUAAACCAAUCAGGGCAGAGGAAUUAAAAAAUGUAGUCGAUAGAUAUGUUCACCUAUUGAAUAUAUAAAACUGGGAUCACUACUUAAAUAUUUAUUAUAAUAACUUGUACAUAUAAAUAAUAAUAGACCACAUUCACACACAUUGUUUAUUUAACCAUUUAAUUUAUUCAAAACUAAAACAAAUUGUAUAUAUAAAUAGUAGUUGGGUUUAAUUAUUUGGUAUUUCUUCCAUUUUUUUUUUUUUUUAUGUUUCCUUUGGUCAAAGUGUGUUGUGUUUGAAUGUGGGUUUUAUAAAUAUAGUAAAAAAAAUAAAAUAAUAAAAAAAUUGGGAUUAUGGGGGAAUAAAAU